AUGUCUUGUCAUCAUCAGCACUUUCUUGAUUUGUAUUGCGAUUUACCCAAUGAAUUGCCUAUUGCAUAUUCUGAACCACAAUACUUAUUGUAUUAUCGACAGAAAAAUAAAGUUAUAUGUCGAAAUACAAAUGCAACGGAACCAACAUUUUUAGUGCAACCAUCAAAAUAUAAAUCAAAGAACUUACUUCAUCCUUACAGAAUUUCGAAAGCUCGUUGUACGAAGUAUUCCAAGACUUCGGAAAAAGGAACAAUUAACAAGAUAAUGUCUAUUGAGUCUCAAGAUCAUGAAGUCGAAUUCUAUAUGAUGAAAAAUUCAAUGAUGCCUGUAACAGCUCGUCAUUCAUUACAAAUGGCUGACGGUGAUAAAAUAAAUCAAAAUGUUCUAGAAAAUUAUUUUGAUCCAUCUCAACAACAAAGAUUUACAAGUGAUCGUGAAUAUAUUAUCAAAAUGUUACAGAAAGAUGUAAUACGUCCAGUACCACAUAAACCAAUGUCUAAUGAUCGAUUAAAACAUUUCAAUUCAUUCGGAAAUUCAAUUUCUACUUUUUCUUCUUCUCAAAUUUAUGAAUCAACAUUACCAAUAAAUCGUAUUUCUACAUGGCGUAAACUUCAAGCAAACAUAACACCAUUUCAUUACAAUCGUAUUCAACAAUUUCAACAACGAUAUCAUUCAUUACCAACUACUCAUCCUAUCAUGUUGUCACCUCUUCACAGCGAGUCACGGAUGGAUAGUCCCGAAGCAUCAAAAAUAUACUCGAAUGCCAUCGAUUCUCAUGUUUCCUUUACAUCAGUGUCGAUUGAUUCUCCUAUUCAUUUAUCGGAUUCGAAAGUGAACCGUAGAAUCAUGCAAUUAGGCAGUGUAGAUCAAAAUAUAUUGGAUAACGAGAAAAAUUAUUCGUAUGCGAUAAACCCUAAUGCAAGUGCGUUUAAGAUAGUAAAUCAAUCAGAAAUAUAUCCUACAGACAAUAUAGCAAUUCAAAAUGAAAUAAGAUCUUUCAAGAAAUCAAUAAUGCAUUCCCCAUCAACAUUUUCCGAUAAUGACUCUAAAAAUGACUCAAAUACAAAUGUGUUAGUAAAAAUCUCAUCUAAUGUACCAUUAUUAGACGAAAUGGAGAAUAUUGAAAAGUUGACAACUUUUAUUGAACUGCCAUCUCCAUCAAAAUUUUCAUCCAUUGUUUUCAAUCAUAUUCUGCCGUCAUUUCCCGUAAUUGUAUCGACAAAAUUCAUUUCAACAUUAUCAAGCACUCAUCCUGUUGAAUUACAUUCUUAUCGUCAAUUUACUAAUGCUAUGAAUAUAACUGAAAUUUUAAAUAUGGAUUCAUCAUCCCCACAACCAUCAACGCCAUUAAUCAAAUCCAAGGUUGUCGACGAAAAUCAUCAAUCGAAAAAAGUACAUUCACUAUUGGAAUCCAUAGAAGAGUUAUGUUUUUUAAUUCGAACACUUCUUCAACAUGAACGAACUGAUCAGAAGAUAGCACCAUUUCAAACGACAAUUGUUAGUGAACUUGCAAUCUUAUUAACCCAUUUAGCAACACCAAACAGCGAGAAAGUGAUUUCUGAAUCGAUGACGAAACAUACUAUCGACAGAAUGAUAUCGACUGAUGAAAAUGAUUUUCCUUGUCAACAACGUCGAGUUUCAACCAUUGAAACACAGACUGAUUGCGACUUGACAAUGCAAUUAAAUGACAAAAUUUUUUGGACUGAACCAAUCCAUAAUAACUUGGUUGAUUUUUCAAUUCAAGAACUAUCAUCAUUUGAAAUAAAACAACAAAAUAUUUUUGCUACAUCACCAUCAUUUCAAAAAUUAAAUACUCACACAGAAUUAACAUCAACGAGUGGCAACAUUACUGUUCACUUACCUGGUGGUCGACCUAAGUAUGUUUUUUCAGAUACAUUCAUUUAUCAUACACGGCAUCAUCAAAAAUAUUCAUCAUCCUGCCAACAAUUAAUAUCAGUUUCUGAUACAAAUAUUCACGCAAUAAUGAAUAGUUUUCAUCAUCACCGGACAACAAAAGAAGAAAUUAAACAAUUAUUGAAACGUGCUGGACAAAUAUUUUGCCGCUAUGUUGAAUUAGAAUCUUCAAAUACAUGUUUAGAAGCUAGCACUGAAUUUACGCCAGAUUUUCUUUUAACACCAAUGAAUAAUUUAAAAAAUGAUGGUGCUGAUAAUGAUCAAACAGAACAAUUUGGUAUUGACACGGAACAACAAGGUUAUGAAACUGAUAGAAUAUCGUUUGGUUUCGGUGAUCAACCAGAAAAAUUCGAUACACUUACAUUUAAUUCAACUGAGAAAGAAAAUUAUGAUAGUCUAGAUCUUGAUAUUGAACAAGAUCACGACGCGCAUCCACUAUUCACUUCGGUUGAUAUUCAUCAAUCAAAUCAAUAUUCAAUCAAUCACUUGAAUAUUGCAGAAGAUGUCAAUCAACUUCAACAAAGAAAAUUACUUGAACCUCACCUCGGUGCAUAUCAAUGGCAGUUGCCUAUCUUAGCGAGAAGAACCAAUAGUAUGAGUUUUAUCUAUGAGAAGGAAAUUGUUAAAAUUAAUCUGAAAAAUUUGAAAAUAUCAUCGAAUUCAAAAACUGUAAUGAGUAUUAUUGGCAAACAAGUUCGCAUAAAAUCGAAUUCAUUUUCACAAAUAUAA